AUGACGAGGAGGAUUCUUGACCAGCAGCCCGCCCGCUAUUUUCGGGCGUCAUCGGCGAUGGCGGCAGCAGCCCCAGAAACCGCUCCGGCGUCAACUUCAUUGAUGGACUCAUUGCCCUCCCGAAUGUUUUCGACAGCUUUUGGCGUGACGGUGAGAACCAGAGACGAUGAUGCAUCAGAUUUCAGAGAAGAUGAUGCCAACGCCAGCAAGGAGAAGUACUACACCAUUAUCAAAACCAAUUUACUUAUUCCUGGUGACGGAGAGCCGCUGAAGGACGCUUCGCUUGUAAUUGAAAACAAGAUCAUUGCUUGGGUCGGUCCACAAGCCGACCUUCCAAAGCAGUACACAGCUGCACCGCAUCGGUUCUUUGAGAUGCCUUAUCUUAUGCCAGGGCUCUGGGAAGUUCACUCACAUUUCGGGGGCGAAAGUGCGGAUGAGGGGGAAAGCAGCUACGUCGCCCUCGUUUCAUUGCAUCCUGCAUCUGCAGGAGCACGGUUGUCGAAGGGCUGCUGGGAGGCAUUGCAGCGCGGCUACACAUCGCUUCGGGAUGUGGCCGGCUACGGUUGCGAAGUCGCGAAGGCAAUUGACGACGGCACAAUCGUCGGACCGAACGUCUACAGUUCCGGUGCUGGUCUCAGUCAGCUCGCCGGCCACGGUGACGUCCACGAUCUUCCUGCUGGAGACGUUAUCAAUAAUUUGGGUGUCAAGAAUGUACAGGCUGGCCAUUGGGGUUCUGGCCCGGUCUUGGUCAUUGACGGUGUCGACGAAUGUAGGCGUGGUGUUCGUCUCCAAAUUCGCCGCGGAGCUAGGUGCAUCAAGGUUAUGGCAUCUGGAGGAGUCAUGUCCCGUGAUGACAACCCACUGUAUGCUCAGUUCAGCAGGGAGGAACUCGAAACAAUUGUCGAAGAGGCAAACAGGCAGGGUCGCUCUGUCGCGGCACAUGUCCACGGAAAACCGGGUAUCCUAGCAGCAGUCAAAGCAGGAGUCACAACAGUUGAACAUGUAUCCUUCGCCGAUCAGGAAUGCAUCGACUUGAUCAAGGAAAAGGGCACUAUUUAUGUUGCUACUCGUUUCAUUGUUGAUAUGCUCAUUCAAACAGGAGGCAAGGGUCUUUCUAAGCCACAGUGGGAGAAGGCCAAGCUCUGCGCAACGAACCAUGAAACCGCCUACAAGACGGCUAUCAAGAAUGGCGUGACCUUUGCGCUUGGCACAGAUACGCCUCCGGGAUUUAAUUGUGCCGUUGAGUUGGAGUAUGCAGUCAAGUGCGGUAUGAGCAACUUGGAAGCAAUCAAGGCUGCAACCGCCAAUGGGCCGUUGACGAUCGGAGUACAAGCGCCCAAGACAGGGCAGUUGAAGGCUGGCUAUGAGGCGGACAUCCUUGGUCUGAUCGAGAAUCCAGUUGAGAAUGUGAGAAUUCUGCAGAAAAAGGAUAAUAUCAAGUACGUCUUCAAGGGUGGCAAGCUGUUUAAGGGCCCGGGAGUUGGGCCUUGGGGCGAGGACUAUGUGUUUGAAUAA